UCUGUUUGUGCGUAAAGAGUAAGAAUUGUUCACCAGAUUGCCACGUUUACCACUCACUGGUCUACAGUUAAAAUUUAAGAUAAUUGAGUAUCCGUUUUACACAAAGUUCGUUUUUAUUAAAAUGUCGUGUGAUAAAGAACAUCCGUUAGAAAAUACGGAAAGCUUCAAACAGAUAUACUCAGGAAAUGUCAACGAUACUAUGCCAUUGUAUAUAUACAGAUCUGUAAAAACCGGUAUAACUGUGUGUAUUGCACAAUCAGAUGGCCCAUUUAUCGACAGUGAUUUUAAUAUUGUGACAGAAACAUUUGAUAACGAUGGUCUUCCUUACGCGGUGCAGCAUCUUAUUUUCACGGGCAGCGACGAUUACAAUAAUAAUUUAAAAUUAUGGGCUAAUAGAAGCCUAGCAAGUAAUAUUAAUGCAAGUACUUCACAAAAUCGCACUUGUUUUUCUAUGAGAGCAGCUGGUAGCGAAACAUUUCUUACUUUAAUGCCAAAAUAUCUCAACCACAUACUUUAUCCUACUUUAAAGGAUACAGCAUAUCUUACAGAAGUACAUCAUGUUACUGGAAAAGCAAAUGACGGUAUAGUUUAUCGUAAAAUUCAGAUUAAGGAACGUACAUCAGAUUAUAUAAUACAGAAGAAAAUGUUACGGUUUCUUUAUCCUGGGAAGUGUGGAUAUAACUCACUUAUAUACGUUUGUACAAAACUCAUAGCGACGUAUAUGUUGCUUGGCGAGGACCAUCAGCAGUUACUCAAGAGUACGACUAUCACGGUUGUGUAG